AACGAAGUAAACUAGAAAUCCCAAAGCUGGCUAAGUUCCAGUGCGGCAAAUAACUAUACAAACAAGAAAGAUUUCCGUUUGAAAGGUUUGAAAAUAUAAAAUUUCGAGCUAAGUCUAAUGAAUAAAGAAGAAUAAGAGGUAGAAAUGGCUGUGACUGUCACUAAUGUCAGUAAGGACAGUAAACAGUAAGUGCCAAUGCCAAAGCACAGUUCACGUCAUUGAGAUGGAACCAAUGGAGCCCAACUCCUGUGACACUUUUGUUGUCCUCCCCCCACUAACGAAACAUGGGAUAAUUUUUGGCAAAAACUCGGACAGAAAUGACAAUGAGGUCCAAGAAGUAGUUUAUAUACCCCCUAGUGAAUCUAGGGACUUUGUUAAGUGUACUUAUAUUGAAAUUGAAGGAGCAGGUCCUACAAAAGCUGUAAUACUGAGUAAACCCAACUGGAUGUGGGGGGCUGAAAUGGGAGCAAACGAAUGUGGGGUGGCCAUAGGAAAUGAAGCAAUAUGGACAAAUGAUAAUGAUGGUGAUCAUGAUCCUCAAGUGAAAAGAUUACUAGGAAUGGAUUUACUAAGAUUGGGUCUUGAAAGGAGUUCAUCAGCAACUGAAGCACUUGAAGUAAUAACUCAGUUAUUAGAAAAGUAUGGACAAGGUGGACCAUGUUCUAAUAUUGACUCCAGCUUAGUUUACCAUAAUUCAUUCAUAAUUUGUGAUCCAACAACUGCCUGGGUGUUAGAAACAUCUGGAAAACAUUGGGCAGCUGAACAAGUCAGCAGUGGGUAUAGAAAUAUAUCCAACUGCAUGUCUAUUACAACCAAAAUAGAUAGACAUUCCAAUGGUUUGCAGGAUUAUGCAAUAUCCAAAGGGUUUUGGGAUGGCCAGGGAGAAUUCAACUUUUCUGAAGCCUUCACUGGUAAUAAGCAACCAUAUGGAACUAGAUAUCAGUCUGGAAAGGAACUACUAGAAAAAUACACAUCCUCCAACAACUUUCGAGAAACUGACAUGUUCAAGAUUCUGAGAGACACUGACUCUGGUAUUUGCAUGACUUCAGGGUCCUGCUCUGGUCAUGCAACCCAAGGCAGCCAGGUAUCAGUACUGUCGUCAACCAGACCAAGUGUCCAUUGGGUCACAGCAACUCCAGAUCCAUCUAAGUCAGUCUUCAAACCAUUUGUUUUCACAAAGAACUCCCUGGUUUCAAAACACACCCAAUGUCCAACUCCUAAUGAGCCCCACACACUCUAUUCCCUACAUUCUGCAGCUCUCAAAAAAGGCAACGAAGUGCAAGAACUCUUGCGCAAUAUGGAAGAAGAAUGCGUGGAGGAAUUAGAAUCCGUUAUAGAACGAAUCGGAGAAGAUCUAACGGAGUUAGACGAACUACUCAAAGAUUGCGUUGAAACUGAAGUGAAAUUCUACCGCUAAAUAAUCUUUGCUUUGCAGCUUCUAAACCUUUUCGACUUGAAUUAUGAGUAUUACUGAGUGAUAGGCAUUCGAAUAUGUUGCUUGUUUAUUGUAAUAGCAUGUGAGGAGAUUCUCAAAAUGGAAACUUAUAUUGCAUGACCAUAUUAUUUCCGUUCGCUUAGGUUUCUUCUAGCCUCCGGUAUGACGUAAUGAGGUAUUGCAUGAUGGACACAUUUAUUUACUAACUUUAUAUAUUAUGUGUAUGGUAUUAGAUGUCAGAAGUUAGGGUGGAGUAAAACUUUUGUACUUGAUUUUUAGGGCAUUUUGCCCCACCAGAUGCCUAACUGUAUGCAGAAGUGGAGUCAUAUUAGGAUCAGGAUAUUGAGUGAUGGAAAGGAAUAUUGUAGUUUAUCAGUGUUGAUUUUAACAGAACAAAUGGUUUUUGAAUCAUGAAAGUUGAACUCAUUACAGAUGAAUGAGUGAUAGUGUAUAUGUCAUCCGUCAAAGUAUGAGCACGUUCUUAAUUACAGCAUUUAUAAUGCACACCCAUAUUGGAACAAUGUAAGGAUAUUGUGAACAACAUUACUCAGCUAUUUUGGUCUUGAAAAUUAAUAUAACGAAAUUGAGACAAUAUCUUCGGACCAAUAUCCGCAUAAUAUUCUAGACAAUUUUGGCCUCAAAAAAGUUAAUAUUGUUCAAUAUUUGUACAGUAUUGCAUAUAGCUCAGUCAAUGAACGGGUUGUAGCAGAACGUAGCGGACAGAAUUUUUGACACUAGGAAUGUGUUUGGAGUAGAUAGGAACAAACAAUAAUUCCAAAAGUCCCCUAACUUACAAGGUGACCGUGGCUACCUUUCCCUGUAUAAAAUCCACCUUUCAGCCCAGAGUGAGAGGAGCGCAUGUCACUGCUUCUUUUUCGCCAAUGAGCAGGAAUAUUGAAAUCCUAAUUAUAUCACUGAGGAAUUGCAAAGAUUUGACAAUCCAAGAUACCGACGAAGACUAUGUACGUAGGUAAGAAGGUAAGCCACUCCGGAGAUCGAACUGGUAAAGAUGAAUCCUGCACAUUUAGGACCUGUCAUAUAUCUUAUUCACUCUUGCUCAUGUUUCCCAGCACCAAGAAACAUUACUCGCUGUCAUGAACGGCUGUUUGAGAGUUCUUGCGCAUUGAGCAGAAGCGUUUUCAGGCGAGCGAGAUUUUUGGGUUGCUGAGAUAUGACCACUAGCGGUCUAAAUAGUAUUUAUGUCAGUGGUCUAAGAUUGCAAACGACUUGGUUGAGUUGUACCAAAAAUUAAUUACCCUGCUUCCAAAUGUGAUUUGGUUUCUAUGGCAAUAUUAUGACAUAUAUGAAAAUGAAGAAUUUGAAUUUGAAUGAAUUUUUCAUGGGUGUCAAAUCUUCCUCAAAUCUGCUGGAGUUGGGAACAAUGGAUUGAGCUCAUUUCAAAAAAAUAGUUUAAUAGAUUUACAUCUAUGUCUGCGGAAAAUUGCAAACAGUGGGUGAGAAAUCGCUGUAAUUAAAAACGUGUUCUACUUUAAUGGCGUAGUUGAUAAAUAAUCAACAAACAAAUAUAAAAAACAUCCUUUUUUGAAUCAGUGAAAUAUCAAAUCUCGUUUCAGAAUGAAAUCAAUUUCAAAUAUCUUCAUUGUGAUACAAAUCGCAUCAAAAACAGGUAUAUUGGUAAACUGUCAACAUUUUUCGUGAUAGAGGUACCUACUGAUAGUCUAUUCGACAGAUAUUCGCACAUUCCAUAGUAAUAAAGCAUGAGCUCAGCA